UUUGUAUCGAUGCAAAAGUGUGCGAGCAAGAUAAAUGUAUCGUUUUAAACUCAUCGGUGAAUGCAAUAGAGACAAUUUCGUGUACGAAUGCACACCCAAUUCGAAGAAAGAAGAAGAAGUCAUUAUUGUUGUUGUGCAUAGAAUGCACGAUAUAUAUCACUGAUAGUUGUGCUUUUUUUUUGUUCGACUCUUCACACUUAUUCAUUCAGUAACAACUCACAAGUGAAUGAAGUGUUUUUAAUAUCGCAGAAUCGAAUAGUGAAAACUUAAAUCGCAAGUGAUACGGCGUGCAUACGCACACGGCCAUUUAAAAUGAGGACAAAUUUUUAUGGACAUUUGAACUUUUAAAACAAAAUAUUAACAUCGUUUUUUCCAGUCCUUAAAUCGCCGCGAACCCAUCCUUCUUUUCCUUGUUUUCAUUUUAUUUUUUCUUUUAACUUUUCUGGUUCCGUUUGUUUUUAUGAUAUUCGUUUGUGAUUUUUCCGUCGUAUCUCGGUGUGUGUGUGUGUGUUUGUCAUUUUUGUUUUUCGUUCAAUCAAAAGGGAAAAGCGAAUAGAGAGAGAAAGAGAAGAAAUAGUAUUUUCCGAACGUAAAUUUUCGCCGUUCGUUAAUCAUAUUUCGGUACAAAAACAACGGUAGCUGCAAUAAUGCGGCGCAAACGAGUCACGAAUAAAAAGCAAUCAGUUAAUCAACGUUUAGAUAACAAUAGCCAUACAAGUCCACGACAUCAAGAAUCUUUCGCAAAAUACUGCGAUAUUUGCAAUGCAAAAACAGCUCGUGCCCAAGGAACACUCAAAUCGCCGUCGCUUCAGACAAAAAAUCUUACAACAAAAACUAACGUCAAUAAUCCACAAGUAGACGAAGACUCAAUUUUUAUAAGCAACACUUUAUCCUCAUCAAAGUCACUUGAGUCGGGAGAAAAAGAAAAGGAGAAUUGUCAUCGGGUGCCUCAGCAACGCAGCUAAAUCAUCAACACCAACGUGAACGAAAGACUGGAACUGUUUGCGCACCGAUUACUUCACAAUUGAUGAAAACAGCAUCGAAUGCCAUACGUUCGAAUUCAACACAGUUGAAUCAACAACAGCAACAAAAUCAAAAAUCUGUGAACAAAACAUUGAGUCAUAAAAACGCAGGUUCAGCUGAAAAUCAGCAGCCACAAAUUGGUGAUAAUAAUCAUUUGCAAAACUUAUCGAAAACGGGUUCAUUUCUAAGUCAUUUGGCCCGGGAAUUUUCCGGUGUUCGUGCCAGCAGUAGUACGGCUAGUGAUUUACCUGCUAUGAAAUCAACCAGUCGAAAUAAUUCGAGCGGUAGCAAUAAUAGUAGUAGUGGAAUCGCCGGAAAACGUGUCAUGCGAAAACAACAACUCAGUUGCAGUGAAGGCAGUGUAUGUGAGGAGGCUCGUGAACUUGAUGAAACACAAGGUUCAUCAGCAACAAAUGAGCCUCCAGAUGCGGACACAGUGGCAACAUUAAAAAACAGCACAAAUGAGAUAUCCAACGAAAAUGACACUAAAACGUCAGACGAUGGGGUCUCAGAUGUUUCGACAAACUUAGCAUUAAAUAACGGUGGUGAUAAUGAUAAUUUAGUUUCCAGUGAUCGUGAUGCGAGCACUAGCAAUGCAAAUGAAAAUUCAUUAGAUGAAAAUAGGUUAGAUAUGGAUGAACAGCCAAUAGUUAGUCAGUCAACAGAUCAAUUGGAAGAGGUGAUUUUGUCCAGUGAUAAAGCCAAAACUAGUUCAGUGGCCGGAAGUCAAGAUGCAAUAGUUGCUACAGAAACCACAAAUGAUGCGUUAAUACCAACGGAUAAUAAUGCAUUAUUACCAGCACCAGAUGAAACACAACGCUUCAAUUUACAUCGUCGUUUUAUUCGAAAAAGUUUAGAUGCGACGACAAAUAAUUUAUUGUAUUCGAAAAAUUUCAUCGAAUCGGAUACCAUCGAAACGGAAUAUCCACGAAAUUUGGAUGACAACAUUGAAUUGUUGAGUACAGAGACUGAAAUAUUGGAAGCACAAUUUAUUCCAUCAGAUGAUAAAUAUCUGCAAUUCGAUUUGCCACAAGAUCAACAUCAAUUGCAACAAGAGCCCGAAUACACGGAAGACGAUGAAGAGCCGGUCGGCGUGUCGCCUUGCGGUCGAUUUUUUAAGUAUGACAAAGAGGUUGGCCGUGGUUCAUUUAAGACUGUAUAUCGAGGCUUGGAUACGCAAACCGGUGUUGCGGUUGCCUGGUGUGAGUUGCUCGAUAAAAAGGUGAACAAAGCGGAACGGCAACGAUUUCGCGAGGAGGCCGAAAUGUUGAAAAAAUUACAGCAUCCAAAUAUUGUGCGAUUUUAUAAUUAUUGGGAAGUGGCAAAUGGCAAAAAGAAAAAUAUCGUUUUAGUAACGGAGCUCAUGUUGUCGGGUACAUUAAAAUCGUAUUUGCGACGCUUCAAAAAGAUCACACCCAAAGUACUGAAAUCAUGGUGUCGUCAAAUUUUAAAAGGUUUAUACUUUUUACACACACGAUCGCCGUCCAUCAUACAUCGUGACUUAAAAUGUGAUAAUAUUUUCAUAACCGGUACAACCGGUAGCAUUAAAAUCGGUGAUUUAGGUUUGGCCACAUUGAAAAAUCGUAGUUUUGCAAAAUCGGUAAUUGGUACGCCGGAAUUCAUGGCACCGGAAAUGUACGAAGAAAGUUAUGACGAAGCGGUUGAUGUGUAUGCAUUCGGAAUGUGCAUGUUAGAGAUGGCCACAUCUGAAUAUCCAUACAAUGAAUGCGCGGGUCCGGCUCAAAUUUAUAAAAAAGUUGUGUGCGGCAUAAAACCGGUGAGCUUUGAAAAGAUUGAAAAUCCCGAAGUAAAAGAUAUUAUCGAUCGUUGUACAAAAUUGCGAAAAGAGGAUCGGCCCAGUUGUUUGGAUUUAUUGAAUUCGGACUUUUUCUGUGAAGAUUUGGGCAUUAAACUCGAACCAAUUACAAAGCAACAAUUUUUACUCAGCACAGCUUGCAAUAAUAUUGAGUUUCGUUUACGUUUAAUGGAUCCAAAGAAGCGAACAUCAAAGCACAAAGAAAAUGAGGCCAUUCAAUUUGAAUUCGAUAUAACGACCGAUAAUGCGGACGAUUUGGCCAGCGAAAUGUUCAAAUCGAAUAUUAUCAAUGAAGAAGACUCAAAAGCGGUGGCCAAAUUGAUUAAAGUACAAGUGGCCGCAUUGAUUAAGCAACGACGUGAAUUGAUGGCACAAAAGCAGGUCGAUGGCCAAAAAUCGCAUUUGAGAUCGAAAGCAUUGCGCGCCCAACAAAUGUUAGCCUUUCAAAAGGCUGCCGAAAUCAAUGAAGAAGACGACGAUGAAGAGGAAUCGGAUGAAAUCGAAGAGGAGGAUGAUGAAGAAUAUAUCCCGGGUGUAGUGAUAAACGCAACCGAUAUAUUGGAAUUAGGUAAAAAGCGCGGCAACAUCGAAUCGAAUGACAGCGGAUUGGUACAACAAUCAAGUCUGGAUGAUGCAUCCAUUGUACAACAGAAAUCACAAUCGACUGGUGUUAGCUACGAUCAGAAUAUGCUGGUCACAAAUCUACCAGAUAUCGACAGCAUUCCCAAAGAAUCGGAUAAAGUAAUGCAACAAGUUCAGCAAGUGCAAUACUCUGGUGUAGAACCUGAUUUGCUAAUUUUACGUAACGAAACGGCAAACAAUGCACAUAUUGAAGGUGAAAAUCGAAUGAUCGACGAGUCAAUGAGAUCCAAUCAAAAUCAACCACUUCAACAGACAGUGCAAAUGGAACCGCCACAACAACAACAACAGCAGCAGCAGCAGCAGCAGCAGCAGCCAAUGUGCAUUAAUGUGAGCUCGGCAACCGAAGUAAAUGCACUAAUUGGCAAUCAACAAAUGAUUAACCAAGAUAAUCAACAUCUUGUACAACAGAAUCUUGUAUCACCGAAUGAAGUCGAAAUGUGGCAUCAACAGCAGCAACAACAACAAAUUCAACAGCAACAACAACAAAUUCAACUGCAACAACAACAAAUCCAGCAACAGCAACAACAAAUUCAACAACAGCAGCAACAGCUUCAACAACAGAAACAGGCACAACAUGCUCAACAAGUUCAUCAGCAAAUUCAACAGCAUCAACCACCACAGCAACCACAGCAACCACAACAACAACAACCACAACAACUCAAUGAAGUGCCAGACCCAACAUUAAUCACCUAUCAGACAACUCAAACCGAUCACUCAGCCAUACCAAUUGAGCAUGCCACAGUCACCGUUCCAUCGAUGAUGUACGAUGCGAAUGCACCAUCAUCGGCCAAUUUGAUGAUGAAUCAAAUGAAAGAUCCGAAUGAGAUUGAAGCGCAUGCCAUCAAUACCGAUACAUCUUCAUCAGUUUCAUCACAAGAACUAGCACAAGUUAUGCAUCAACAAAUUAGUCAAUCAUCAACUUCCAACGAACAGGCCAUAUUACAAUCGCAAGUCCAACAAAAUAUCGUUCAGACGCCGUCAUUGAAUCAAGCGGCGCAAAAUUAUCCAACGGCAUCCGUUCAAAUUCAAUCACAAGCAGCAGGAAUAGUGCCUCAACAAAUACAAUCGAUGCAACAAACACAACCAUCAGAACAAGACCAAUCCCAACAACAACAGCCACAAGUGCCCGUUGCAAGUAAUAACGGAAGCAACACAAAUUCAGCGUCAAACCCAAAACCGGCUCAAAGUGGCGAAGGCAAAACCCGACGAUCAAACAAAUCUUCGGAACGUAUACCCAAACUAGUGAUAUUAAGCGUUCAAAAUGGAACAUUAGUCGAUUGCUCUAUGGAGAGCAAAUUAAAAACCAUUAAAUUCAAAUUUGAUAUUAGCGACGUUAAUCCAAUUGAUGUGGCAAAUGAUUUGAUAUCCAAGGAAUUGUUGUCAGCGAGCCAAAGAAAUGUGUUUGCCGAUAUGGUAAAGGAUAUUGUGCGGCAACUCAAAUUGAAUCCAAACCAAAUACCGGUGCCGCAAACAACUCAUCGCCGAACUGGAAGCGGCCUCGAAAAGGUGAGACAUGCGUCUUUAACAAGACAGCGAACAGCUUUUAGAACGCAUCAAAGACAUCGAUCAAAGGAUGAAACAUCAUCUUUAUCGAAAAUGUUCGAUCCAACAAUUUACAGUAUGCAACCACUACAAGGCAUUCAAAACACUUCAAGUCCAAACAGCACAAAUAAUAACAAUAAUAAUAGUAUAAUCAACAAUAAUAACAACAAUGAGGUUGUUUCUGAUGUAAUUAAGAAUAUUCCAGAUGAUGUAAAUAAUGGAGCACAAUCGAUAAAUCAUUCCGAACAUCAACAAAUGAGUGGUGGCCACGAGCUAUCGCGAAAGACAAGCACGGCCUCUGAAUGUACGACAAUGUCCGAUUAUACUCCAGAGAAUACGAUUUCAUCGUCAACAACAUCAUCGCCACCAACAAUUUCGAUGUUUCAAAAUAUUAGUGAUAUACCGAGUUCGUUUGAGGCAGCGCAAACAAUGACUCAAUUUAAUGAUGCCAAAGAAUCAAUAACGCUUGCAGCUAAUUCAACACUAGAACAAAAGCUAAAGGAAGUUUCCCACAUUAUAGAUACUUCCGAAAAUGUUUUUGCACCGCUUCAAAUGACGGAACAAGUGACUAGUUUUUCUGAUAUUGGAACACCAAAAAAUGAGGUAGUACAGCAUCAACAUAUGAUGCCAGCCGCUCCAGUCGAAAAUAUUGUGACGACACCUGCAACAUCGUCGACAGCACCCAAUACUUCUGAACCGCAAAAAGAUUUAGAGGCCGCUUCGCCAACAAAAGUGCAACCCGUUCGAAAGAUAUCUCGAUUCUUAGUGAGUCCAGCAAUUUUAACGGUAGCAAAUGAAAAGAGUGUGCAAAGCAUAUGUGUUGAGGAGCCACUUAAAUCACCGCCACCCACAAUGGGUCAGCCAACAGCUGGCGAUGUGCAUCAAAUACCACAACAAACUCAACAAGUUCAACAAUCGAUUUCAAGUGGUGAUCAAUUACAAACACAACAGCAACAGCAACAGCAACAUCAGCAACAUCAGCAACAUCAGCAACAUCAGCAACAACAACAACAACAACAACAAUUACAACCACCCGCUGAUAUGAAUCAACAAACUAUAAUUGAUAUGUCCAAACAGGUGAUCAAUACAAAUUCAAACGAACAACCUUAUAUGAAUGCGUCAAAUGUAUUGAAUGUACCAACGCAAUUGAGUGGAAAAAUUGCCGAAUUCAUUGAGGCAGUUCAACCGGAAGGUGCACCAUUCAUAAAUCCAACCGAUAUUAUAUCACAAUCGAAUGCAAUGGAAACCAAAGAAUUCAUUCAGCAACAAUUGAAGAAACCGCUCGGACCGGAUCACAUUAAUACAUUGGAACAGUUGAAAAUUGAAUUGGAAAAUAUUACACAUGUUCAUAUGAUGACCAAAUUUUUAUCGGAAAAUGAUGGCAGCUCAUCACAACUUUCACCCGAAAUGAGUGGUGGCAAUCAACAAAUGGUCGACGAACAAAUAAACAUGGUGAAUUAUAUGCCUGGUGGCAUAGAUAAUCCACAAGAUAUAAUGCAAGGAGCGUAUGUAAAUCAACCAAUGCACAUGGAUAUGUACAAUGGAAACAUUAUGCAAUCGAAUCAAUAUAUUGAUUCGAAUCAAGUGAUUCAGCAGCAUCAACAACACCAACACCAACAGUAUUCAGCGCCAGAUAGUGUGGCAACAUCAACCAUAACUUCACCACCCGAGUACAAUCAACAAGUUGUGAAUUCGCCCACAUUGAAUUUACAGCCAUUGGACUUGAUUUCAGCUUUGCAACCUGCACAACAAGCAAAUCAACAAAUGAUCCAUCAAAUGAUGUCACAUCAAGUGAAUCAGGGUCAGCAAAGUACAUCGGUUGUUUCAACACCGACCGGAGAGUAUAUGCCGCCAACGUUCCAAAAUAUGGAAUCAGUUACGGAAACUCCACCAAUGACGAAUGUGAUGCAACAGCAGUUGCCCCAACAACCAAAUACUCUAACAUAUUCAGAAGCUGUAAAGCUCCCCACUCAACAGGAGCUUUCAAGUAAUUUACAACUUCAAAGCGGCGGUCAGCAUAUUAAUCAAUGGCCAGAUACGCUUGAAAAUGUGUCUGAACUAUCAACCCAAUCGAGUGCAAUGACAAAUGCAAUCAUUGGUUCAAAUCCGACCGAACCACAAAUCGAAAUGAUGACAAAUGCAAAUGUAAAUCAAGUCAUCACAAGAAAUGAGACAGAUAAUCGAAUUCCCGAUCAAAAUCCACCGAAAGUGCGAAAAAUUUCACGCUUUCAAGUGUCACAUGUUAAAGAAGAGGAGAAAACGGUUAAAUUACCAAAUAUUAUUCAUGGCGGCGACGUUCUAUUAGAAAAUGUCUCGCCUGAUCAAAAAUCAACGCCAGUUACACAUGAAAUGGUUACGCAGAGCAUUCAAUCGCCGGUCGAAAAUUCACCAGAUAAACAUGAACCAAUGCAACCAACGCCACAGCAACAGCAGCAGCAAACGGUACUAACGCCACAGCCACAAGCUUCUCACCAUCA